UUCCGUCUCUGUUGCCAAGGCUACGGCACAGCCUCUCGCUGCAUCUACGUCCACGAAGCAGCCGCCUGUGGCUCCGGCUCCGCUCGGCCGUCCGAACAAUAGAGAAGCCGAUCGCCGUCCGCUGACCUUGGACGUCGUCGGGCCGCCGCUCUUUGCUUCCGAGUCGGCGCCAGAUGGCCGUUUGAAGAAAAGCUCAGUCAGGUUGCUGCUCAAUGGCCAACAGUGACUGGUUGCCGCAAGAUACAAGAUUUAUCUUCAUCAUGUGAUCUGACUCCCACGCCAUCCUUUCCUUCGCUCUGCCUUAAGAGGAUCAUGACUCGUCGCCUGAGCAGCUCCACCCGCUCCCACACUGAGGACUCCAUCUUCCUGAGGCCCGACGAGGAGCCCGUUUGGCUGGACGAGCCCACCAAGAGUGCAAAAAGAGUGGACGGCCCUCCCAAAAAGGAAGAUAGACAAGAUGGACACGGAGAAGAAGUCUUUUUGUACAAAGUCUACACCUUGGUGGUGGAGUUCCACUACUGGGUGGCACUCUUCGUGGUCUCCCAAGUCACGGGCUACUGGAUGUUCUUUGUCGCGGAAGGAAAUGGGCCGUUCGUCUCCAUCUAUAGGGCCCUCCAGGUCAUCGACUUCUUUCUGGGCUUUGUCCUGCCCUGCCACCCCAUACUUGGAUUGGACUCCACAACGCUAAUGAGGGACGUGGUCAACACAACCCGGCAAACGUGGAUCAUCUACGUCACCGGAGUGGUCGGGGUGGCCAUCUGUGUUUUUAUGGUCAUCCACAUGGUGCGUAGGUGGCGCCACGGCGCCGGCCCGCGGUGGUCAGAAAGCGCUUCCGGGGACGUCGGAGAUCGACGUCAGUCCGUGAGCCGCCAGCCCUCGUUCACUUUGUCGGAAUGGACGGACGCCCAAGAGGACCUGAUGGAUCUGGACGCCGUGCCUCAGACGCCGGUCUUUGAAAUGGGAAGCGACAACAAGCCGGAGGGGGACGCGGUGACUCUCACGGUCACGCCGGUGGGCCUUCAAGAGAGGAGGGGCUCCAACGUUUCCCUGACCUUGGACAUGUGCACGCCGGGCUGCACGGAGCCCUACGGCUACGGAGCCCAGCUGUCCCCUCGGGACCAGUCGGCCCAGGAGUACCUGCGGCAGGGAACGCACGUCCUCACCCCCGCCAUGCUGCACACGCGGGCCAUGGACGACCAGAGCCUGCAGGCCGAGUUCUACGAAACUCCCAUGAACUUUGUGGACCCCAAGGAGUACAACUACCCGGGGCUUGUGCGAAAGAACCGCUACAAAACCAUUUUACCCAACACGCACAGCCGAGUGAUAUUAAAGUCACAAGACGAAGAUGAUUUCCUUGCAACUUACAUCAACGGCAAUUAUCUCAAAGGUUACGGGGGUGAAGAGCGUGCAUACAUCGCCACGCAGGGUCCAACGGUGAACACAGUCGGGGACUUCUGGAGGAUGGUGUGGCAGGAGAACACCCCUAUUAUUGUCAUGAUCACUAACUUGGAGGAGAAAAAUGAGAAAUGUGCCGAGUACUGGCCCGAGGACACGGCGACCCACGAGGGGAUUGAAAUCACCGUUGUUACGGUAACACAAGAAGAUGACUACAGUCUGAGGGUGUUUACUUUGAAGUGCGGGGACGAGGAACGCAGUCUUAAGCAGUACUGGUACACCUCGUGGCCGGACCAGAAGACGCCGGACAAAGCUCCGCCUCUUUUGGAACUGGUGCAGGAAGUGGAAAGAGCCAGAGAGGAGGCCCCGCCCACCAGCGGCCCCAUAAUCGUGCACUGCAGUGCCGGAAUCGGUCGGACCGGCUGCUUCAUCGCCACCUCCAUCCUGUGCAAGCAGCUCAGGAGGGAGGGCGUGGUCGACAUCCUGGGAACCACCUGCCAACUGCGCCUGGACAGGGGCGGGAUGAUCCAGACGUGCGAGCAGUACCAGUUUGUGCAUCACGUCCUCAGCCUGUACGAAAAGCAGCUGUCCCACGCCUCCGAAGAGUAACGCUCGCCCGCCGGCCGCAACGAGACACACCACUGUACGCCGUAGCGCCGCGCACCGCCGCGCGUCAUCUCACGUGUCGCCCUUUAAUCGUUCGCCUCGCCCGAAAAAUCAAGCCCACGCGCCAAUGUUUUACGAGACGGAGGUUUUGGCGCGCGGGACCGAGGGUUCAUCUUGUUGGGUUUACUUCCUACCCGAGUCUUUCCUGUCCUCCCUCUUAGGUGCCUAUUGCCGUCAAUGGCACUGAUAUAGAAACCUUUGGCCCCGUUUUCCUCUAGGAUUGUUUUGAAGAUGCAAAAGGAAACCUUUAUGUGUCAAUUUACAUUGAAUACAGUACAUCAAAAAGCGUUGGGAGAGUACAUAAGUACUGAAAAACGAAAUAAUAAUAAAGACAAAAAAUUUAUAAUUUAUAUUCAUAGUAAUUAUAAACUAGACACGUGUAUACAAAACCAUAUAUUUAAUUGAAAAUUACAAAUAAAAUAGGAAAAUCCUAAAUUACAAAAAUCAUAAUGAGGAAUUUCAUUUUCCAGAUUUUAAAUAAUAUUUUUUAAAAAUCAUUUCUUAUUUUACAUUUAAAUUAGGGCUGUCAAACGAUGAAAAUUUUCAAUCAAGUUAAUUGCAGCUUAAAAAUUAAUUAAUCGUAAUUCAAACCAUCUAUAAAAUAUGCCAUAUUUUGCUGUAAAUUAUUGUUGGAAUGGAAAGAUAAGGCACAAAAUGGAUAUAUACAUUCAACAUACGGUACAUAAGUACUGUAUUUGUUUAUUAUAAUAAUAAAUCAACAUUAACAUUAUUACAAUUCUCUUAAAGCGAUCCAUGGAUAGAAAGACUUGGAGUUCUUAAAAAAUAAAUGUUAGUACAAGUUAUAGAAAUUUUAUAUUAAAACCGCUUUUAAUGUUUUCGUUUGAUUAAAAUUUGUAAAAUUUUCAAUCAAAAAAUAAACUUGUAGCUCGCCAUUGUUAGUGUCAAUAAUUACACCAUGCUCACUCAUUAUGCUGAAAGCCAUAAAAUCAGUUGGACUCGAGCGCCAGCAGAGGGCGCCAAACACCAAAAAACAAGUAACAAGCGGACAUUACACUCUGUUGUCAUUUUAAUCUGUUUGAGCGGGUCAUGUGCGUUAAUUGCGUCAAAUAUUUUAACGUGAUUGAUUUAAAAAAAUAAUUACCGCCCGUUAACACGAUCAUUUGACAGCCCUAAUUUAAAUAUUUUUAAUUAGUUUUCUAUAUGUAUAAGUUAACACAUAAAUUUAAAAUUACGAAUAAAAUUGGAAAAUCCAAAAUUUUACAAAAUCAUUAAAUACUUCAAAUAGAGAAUAAAAAUUUUCAAAAGA